UUUUCCUUAACUUCUUCCUUCUCAUUUUCCUCUUUUUCUGUCUCUCUAUUUUUCUUUUUCUCUCUAUAUUAUACUCAUGGAACUAUUUUUAUUGUUAAUUAUUAUUAUUUUUCCUCCAACCUCUGACUUCUCUUCAUCAAAUCAUAACCCACUCAUUAUGCAAUCACUCAUUUUCCUUUACUUCUAUCCCUCCUUAUAACUCCAUUACUAUUCCUCCUUCUCUUUCUUUUUUCUUUCUCUUUUGUACAUAUCUUUGUGAUGAACACACCAUCUUCCUUCCCGGACCUCUCCUUGCAGAUCAGCCUUCCGAUGUCGACACUGCCAUGUGAGGCCAAGGCCAUCAAGCCACAAAGCUCAACCACCGUGGAUUCGAGUUCCAGUGGCAAAAGUGAUUUGAGCCAUGAAAGUGGUCUCUUCCAUCUAGGGUUUGAAGCGGGAGAUUUGGAUGGUCCUCUUCGUCGUCCUCACCAAGCCUGUUGUAAUGUGCGUGACCACCGGGAUUUCAAAAGAAGCAGAGGCAGGGUCGGGUGUGGAGUAAGAAGAAACAUCCGAGCUCCAAGAAUGAGAUGGACUACAACUCUUCAUGCUCAUUUUGUACAUGCCGUUGAGCUUCUUGGUGGCCAUGAAAGAGCUACACCAAAAUCAGUGUUGGAGCUUAUGAAUGUCAAGGACCUAACCCUAGCUCACGUCAAAAGCCAUUUGCAGAUGUACAGAACAGUGAAAAAUACUGUGAAGGAAACAGCAGAUGAUUGUGGAAGGCCUGAGGUUGAAGGAGAUGGGAUGGUUUUAUCUUCUUGUGUUAAAAAAUCUAACUUUGGAUCAAAUCAUUUCCAGAGAAUCCAAAGAAGUAGUUUUGUAACAUCAAUGCACAAGAGUUGCGACACAACCAAGUCAAACGCCGACGCUUUCGCUAAAUCUAGAGGAAUUAAGGUUGAAGGAAGCAGUGGGGAUUAUCACGAGGCAAUUACAAUGGAGAGGAUUAAUUUAGAGUUCACUCUUGGAAGACCAAGUUGGCAAUUGGAUUUUGGUGAUCCAAAGGAGCUUGCCCUUCUCAAUUGCUAAUUUUCUAAAUUUUCAACCCAAAAAAGAAAAAACAAGCAAACAAAAUGUUAAGAAGCGAGAGAGAAAAAUCUCCGGAGUUUAGUCUAUUUUACUCUUGCAUUAAAAAGAUGUCGACAAGAAUGGGUAUCUCAAUAUUUUGUCAUCGAUUUUGUGUUUUAGUUAAAGAUGAAAAAAUAAAUAAAACAAAGCACAUUGAUGUACAUAA